AGACAGCCAGCAGGAAAGGAUGUGGUGUUUUUGCUGGAUGGAUCUGAUGCUACUAGAACUGGAUUCCCAGCUAUGAGAGACUUUGUCCAAAAACAAGUAGAGACACUCAGUGUGGAUGAUGGCAAAGACCGUGUGUCGGUUGUUCAGUACAGCAGCGAUCCAGCCGUCCAGUUCUAUCUGAACACUUACACCACAAAAAGAGAGGUCCUUGACAGUGUCAGAGGUUUGAGGCACAAAGGCGGACGACCCCUCAACACUGGAGCAGCUCUCCGGUACUUGAGGGAUAACGUCUUCACGGCGUCUGCCGGAAGCAGGCGGCCCUCAGGAGUUCCGCAGGUCCUAAUAUUGGUCACUGGUGGAAGAUCAUUUGACAGUAUUGAUGAACCAGCCUCUGCUCUCAAACAGCUGGGUGUCUUGACCAUUGCAAUUGGAACACGAGGCUCUGACCCCAGAGAACUUCAGACCAUAACUGGCGAGCCCAGUCAUGCUGUAUCUGUGUCUGAGUUCACUGACCUUCCCAAUGUUCAAGAACAGCUCUCUUCUAUAAUGAGCACAGUGCUAAUGAGGGUCACACCUUUGACCCCAACAGUGACUGUGGUCAGACAGCCAGCAGGAAAGGAUGUGGUGUUUUUGCUGGAUGGAUCUGAUGCUACUAGAACUGGAUUCCCAGCUAUGAGAGACUUUGUCCAAAAACAAGUAGAGACACUCAGUGUGGAUGAUGGCAAAGACCGUGUGUCGGUUGUUCAGUACAGCAGCGAUCCAGCCGUCCAGUUCUAUCUGAACACUUACACCACAAAAAGAGAGGUCCUUGACAGUGUCAGAGGUUUGAGGCACAAAGGCGGACGACCCCUCAACACUGGAGCAGCUCUCCGGUACUUGAGGGAUAACGUCUUCACGGCGUCUGCCGGAAGCAGGCGGCCCUCAGGAGUUCCGCAGGUCCUAAUAUUGAUCACUGGUGGAAGAUCAUUUGACAGUAUUGAUGAACCAGCCUCUGCUCUCAAACAGCUGGGUGUCUUGACCAUUGCAAUUGGAACACGAGGCUCUGACAGCACAGAACUUCAGACCAUAACUGGCGAGCCCAGUUAUGCUCUAUCUGUGUCUGAACUUACUGACCUACCCAAAGUGCAACAGCAAGUUGAGUCCUCUGUGGAAGCUGCAGUUAUUGAAGUCACCCCAGAAUUACCAACCGUAAUUGUUUCACGUGACAGAAAAGAUAUCGUGUUCCUUCUGGAUGGUUCUGAUGGCACAAGGAAUGGCUUCCCUGCCAUGCGUGAUUUUGUAGAGAGAGUGGUGGAGAAACUCAAUGUGGGAGAAAACAAAGACCAUGUCUCUGUGGUCCAGUACAGCAGAGAACCAGAGGUCCAUUUCUAUCUGAACACAUAUACUACAAGGGAGGAUGUGGUGGACUCGGUCAGAGGGCUUAGACACAGAGGAGGAAGACCCCUAAACACCGGGGCAGCUCUCCAAUACGUCAGAGACAACGUCUUUACAAACUCCUCUGGGAGUAGACGCCUGCAGGGUGUCCCACAGAUAUUGAUCUUGCUAAGUGGGGGAAGGUCUUUUGACAAUGUAGAUAGCCCAGCCUCAGCUCUCAAACAGCAGGGCAUUUAUGUGAUUGGCAUUGGAACUAGGACCUCAGAUGCUAGAGAGCUGCAGAAAAUAUCAUAUGAGCCCAGUUAUGCUCUGUCAGUGUCCGAGUUCACUGACCUUCCCAGUGUCCAAGAACAGCUCUCUUCUGUAAUGAGCAAAGUGAUAGUGAGGGCCACGCCCAUGACACCAACAGUGACCGUGGUCAGACAGCCAGCAGGAAAGGAUGUGGUGUUUUUGCUGGAUGGAUCUGAUGCUACUAGAACUGGAUUCCCAGCUAUGAGAGACUUUGUCCAAAAACAAGUAGAGACACUCAGUGUGGAUGAUGGCAAAGACCGUGUGUCGGUUGUUCAGUACAGCAGAGAUCCAGCCGUCCAGUUCUAUCUGAACACUUACACCACAAAAAGAGAGGUCCUUGACAGUGUCAGAGGUUUGAGGCACAAAGGCGGACGACCACUCAACACUGGAGCAGCUCUCCGGUACUUGAGGGAUAACGUCUUCACGGCCUCUGCCGGAAGCAGGCGGCCCUCAGGAGUUCCGCAGGUCCUAAUAUUGAUCACUGGUGGAAGAUCAUUUGACAGUAUUGAUGAACCAGCCUCUGCUCUCAAACAGCUGGGUGUCUUGACCAUUGCAAUUGGAACCCGAGGCUCUGACCCCAGAGAACUUCAGACCAUAACUGGCGAGCCCAGUCAUGCUGUAUCUGUGUCUGAGUUCACUGACCUUCCCAAUGUUCAAGAACAGCUCUCUUCUGUAAUGAGCACAGUGCUAAUGAGGGUCACACCUUUGACCCCAACAGUGACUGUGGUCAGACAGCCAGCAGGAAAGGAUGUGGUGUUUUUGCUGGAUGGAUCUGAUGCUACUAGAACUGGAUUUCCAGCUAUGAGAGACUUUGUCCAAAAACAAGUAGAGACACUCAGUGUGGAUGAUGGCAAAGACCGUGUGUCGGUUGUUCAGUACAGCAGCGAUCCAGCCGUCCAGUUCUAUCUGAACACUUACACCACAAAAAGAGAGGUCCUUGACAGUGUCAGAGGUUUGAGGCACAAAGGCGGACGACCCCUCAACACUGGAGCAGCUCUCCGGUACUUGAGGGAUAACGUCUUCACGGCGUCUGCCGGAAGCAGGCGGCCCUCAGGAGUUCCGCAGGUCCUAACAUUGAUCACUGGUGGAAGAUCAUUUGACAGUAUUGAUGAACCAGCCUCUGCUCUCAAACAGCUGGGUGUCUUGACCAUUGCAAUUGGAACCCGAGGCUCUGACCCCAGAGAACUUCAGACCAUAACUGGCGAGCCCAGUCAUGCUGUAUCUGUGUCUGAGUUCACUGACCUUUCCAAUGUUCAAGAACAGCUCUCUUCUGUAAUGAGCACAGUGCUAAUGAGGGUCACACCUUUGACCCCAACAGUGACUGUGGUCAGACAGCCAGCAGGAAAGGAUGUGGUGUUUUUGCUGGAUGGAUCUGAUGCUACUAGAACUGGAUUUCCAGCUAUGAGAGACUUUGUCCAAAAACAAGUAGAGACACUCAGUGUGGAUGAUGGCAAAGACCGUGUGUCGGUUGUUCAGUACAGCAGAGAUCCAGCCGUCCAGUUCUAUCUGAACACUUACACCACAAAAAGAGAGGUCCUUGACAGUGUCAGAGGUUUGAGGCACAAAGGCGGACGACCCCUCAACACUGGAGUAGCUCUCCGGUACUUGAGGGAUAACGUCUUCACGGCCUCUGCCGGAAGCAGGCGGCCCUCAGGAGUUCCGCAGGUCCUAAUAUUGAUCACUGGUGGAAGAUCAUUUGACAGUAUUGAUGAACCAGCCUCUGCUCUCAAACAGCUGGGUGUCCUGACCAUUGCAAUUGGAACCCGAGGCUCUGACAGCACAGAACUUCAGACCAUAACUGGCGAGCCCAGUUAUGCUCUAUCUGUGUCUGAACUUACUGACCUACCCAAAGUGCAACAGCAAGUUGAGUCCUCUGUGGAGGCUGCAGUUAUUGAAGUCACCCCAGAAUUACCAACCGUAAUUGCUGCAUCGCAGGGCCCGAAGAAGGAUGUCGUGUUCCUCGUUGAUGGAUCUGAUGGCGUUGGAAGGGAAUUUCCAAUCAUCCAGGAGUUUAUCCGCAGGGUCGUUGAGAGUCUCAAUGUGGGCGAAAAUAAAAUCCGUGUUGGUGUGGUCCAGUAUGGUGACACUGCUCAGGCUAAUAUGUAUUUAAACACACAUACAACCAAAGAAGGUGUUUUGAAUGCCAUCAAGGGAAUGAGGAAGCUAGGUGGAAGACAACGUAACCUGGGUCAGGCCUUACAGUUUCUCAAUCAGGAUAUUCUGACAGCAGCACGGGGUAGCAGAAAGCAGGAUGGUGUUCCACAGUUUGUUAUUGUUGUGUCUAGUGGGCCUUCUACAGAUGAUGUCCGUCGUGCAGCUUCUUCUCUUAAACAAUCUAGAGUUAUUCCAUUCAGCAUUGGGACCAGGGAUGUGAACCCCACAGAGCUGAGGGUGGUGUCAUACGUCUCCAAUUACGCCCACGUAAUAGAUGACCUUCCUGGCCUGUACACAGUUCAAGAAGAAUUAAUCAACAAACUCACUGAGCUGUCAGAUGAUGACAUCAACAGGUUGCGUCCAGAGUUCCCAACUUAUGAAGCACCAGUACCAUCUGUACCCACAGGAGGAGAAAAAAGGGAUGUUGUAUUUCUUAUUGAUGGCACAACAGCAGUGCGUAGUGAAUUCCCUUCCAUCCGUGAUAUGAUAGGAAGAGUUGUGGAGAAGCUGGAUGUAGGACUGGAUAAGGUCCGAGUUUCAGUGGUGCAGUACAGCGAUGAUCCAAAAAUAGAAUUUCCACUGAAUGCACACUCAACAAAAAAUGAAGUGCUCCAGGCCUUGUCGAGACUUCGAAACAAAGGUGGGAAUAAUCUAAACACAGGACGUGCUCUCGAGUUUGUCGCCAGAAGAAUCUACCAGAGAUCAGGCGGAAGCCGUCUUGAGGAAGGUGUGCCUCAAUUCCUCAUUCUAGUUACGGCUGGCAAAUCUACUGAUGAUGUAUCCAGCUCAGUCGAUGAUCUCAAGAGAAACCGGAUAGCACCUCUGGCCAUUGGUACAAGAAAUGCAGACCAAGAUGAACUGAGACAGAUUUCCAUGAAGCCAGAGCUUGUGUAUACAGUUGACAGCUUGAGAGAUUUUUCAAAGGUGGAAAAACAGCUUAUUGAUUCAGUCAAAAAAAUAUCCACUGAUGAUAUCAUUGCAAGUUAUACUCAUGUCCCAGAAGUCUUUCUAGAUCUCGGGAAAAAGGACAUAAUUUUCCUAAUUGAUGGCUCAGAUAAUACAGAUUCCGAAGGGAUUGCUCACAUCCGUGACUUCAUUCUCAAAAUUGUUGAACAACUUGAUGUGCAGCCUGAUAAAAUUCGUGUCGCUCUUGUCCAGUAUGCAGACAAAGUUAAAACAGAAUUUUCGCUCAAUUCACACAACAACAAGGCAGCUGUUGUCUCUGCUAUCAGAAGACUCCGUCAGAUGGGUGGACGAUCGUCAGACCUGGCUGAUGCUAUUGAUCAUGUUCUGCGCUUUGAGUUAAACUCUUUUGCUGGUGCUCGACCAACUGAGGCCUCCCAGCAUCUUGUGGUUCUCACAGGUGGACGUUCACCCCAAGAUGUUUCCCUCUAUGGACCUUUGCUCAAGACCUCCCGAGUUAACUGUAUUGGUAUUGGUGCUGAUCGUGCUGACACAAGGCAGCUGAUGAGUAUUUCCAAGAGCCCAGCUGAUGUCAUUCAGGUUUCUAAGUUCUCAAACCUGCCAACAAUAAAGGACAAGUUUAUUAACAGGUUGAGUGAGACUACUGUUGACGACACAUCAGAAUAUGACACUCCAACACCAGGCCUGCCUCCAUCUAAAAAGGCUGAUAUAGUGUUUUUGGUGGAUGGCUCCAUUAAUGUGGGCCGAGAGGACUUCAAAGAAAUCAUGAUUUUUAUCAACAACCUAAUUGAUCUGUUCUUCACUGAGAGAGAUAACCUACGGAUUGGCUUGGCACAUUAUGCUGAAGAUGUCAAUGAUGGCUUUUACCUCAACACAUACAGUAACAGGGAUGAGAUCCUAAAUGCUAUUGGUCAAAUAGAGUACAAAGGUGGACGCAGACUGAACACCGGUGCAGCCCUUCGCACUAUUCAAGAUGUUUACUUUUCUAAACAAAGGGGCAGCAGGGCUGAUGAGGGCACUCCUCAAAUUCUUAUAACUGUCACUGGAGGAAACUCAGCUGAUGACAGUAAAUCAGCAGUGCUUGGCUUGAAGAAUAAAGGUGUGAGAGUCUUUGCAGUGGGAGUGGGCAACAUUCAGAAUGAGUUGGAAAACCUGGCAAGUGUACCUUCCAUGGUGGCUCGAGCAAGUACCGUUCUGGAACUCUCAGAGCUCAAUGAACAAAUCCUGGAAACUCUGGAUGAUGAAGUAAAAGGGAAGCUGUGUGUCGGUGCGAAAGAACUUGCUAAAACCUCCAAUGUAGAAGUGUUGGUCGGUUUUGAUGUGUCCGCCCAGAAUAUUUUCAGUUCUCAGACCAACCUCCAGAGCAAGAUGGAGGCUAUUUUGCAGAGGAUUUCCAAAAUGGCAUCCAUUAGCUGCUCCGCUGGGCAGAUUCCAUCUGUACAAGUGGGCAUGCUGGCCAUGGAUUCUGCUUCUGAGCCGGUCCAGCUGGACUUCACAAAAAAUCCAGAUGAGUUAUUUGAGGCUUUCAGAGCCUUGCGGAAUCGUGGCCCCUUUGUUCUCAAUGGCAAGACCAUAUCAGCUUACACCAACAGAUUCAAAGUCAGACAGGAUGACACUGUCAAGGUUGUUAUUCAUCUGACUGAUGGUAUUGAUGCUCCAUAUGCUGAAAUGAAAAGGCGAGUUGAGGAGCUUCGGCUGUCAGGAGUGAACAGUUUCAUUCUGGUUGGGUUGGAGGGGGCACCCAAUUUUGAGGAGGCGUCGCUAUUAGAAUUUGGUCGUGGCUUCAGGUACACAAGACCCUUAAGACUGAAUAUCAUGGACUUGGACUAUGAGCUUCUGGAAGAACUGGACAAUAUUGCAGAAAGAGAGAUCUGUGGAGUGCCAUGCAAAUGUACUGGCAACAGAGGAGACAGAGGAGGAGUUGGACAGCCAGGAUCUAAGGGUGGUCCAGGAUUACCAGGAAGUCAAGGACAUCCUGGAGAUGAAGGUGGACCUGGAGAACGGGGUCCUCCUGGUGUGAAUGGAACCCAGGGUUUCCAAGGAUGUCCUGGCCAGAGAGGUGUCAAGGGGUCUCGUGGAUACUCAGGAGAAAAGGGUGAAGCUGGAGAACUUGGUCUUGAUGGCAUCAAUGGAGAAGAGGGCAAAAGUGGUGUGGCUGGGCCCCCUGGAGAAAGAGGAAACCCUGGCAGAAGAGGUCCCAAAGGUGCCAAAGGACAAGCAGGAGACAUAGGACAACAGGGAAUCAGAGGAGACCCUGGAACAACUGGACAAGAUAACAACCAGGCAGGACCCAAAGGAGACCCUGGUGAUGCUGGACCAGCGGGAGAGCCUGGUCAGGAUGGAAGGAGGGGAGGCCCUGGUGAACCUGGAAGAAGGGGACCCAAUGGCAGAAGAGGUUCACUUGGGCCAGCUGGAAAUGUUGGAGGCCCCGGAGCGCCUGGUGUACAGGGAGAGUCUGGUAUUGAUGGGCCAAGGGGUCCGCCUGGACCAAAUGGUGCACCAGGAGCAAGAGGAGAAGAUGGAAAUCCUGGACCUAGAGGUCCUGGAGGUACCCCAGGUCCUAGUGGAGAAAAAGGUAGAAGAGGACCUCUUGGUCGCAAGGGAGAGCCAGGAGAACCAGGACCUAAAGGUGAUGUUGGAUCACCUGGCCCCAUUGGAGAGCCUGGUGAAGAUGGUAGAGAUGGUUUUGGUGUUCAAGGGCCUAAAGGAAGAAAGGGAGAUGAAGGAUUCCCAGGAUUCCCAGGUCCCAAGGGAGCAGCUGGAGACCCUGGCACCGCGGGUGGACUUGGAUCCAGAGGAAAUCGUGGACAGAGGGGAGUCUCUGGGAAUAUUGGUACACAGGGACAAAAGGGAGAAGUUGGAUAUCCUGGGCCAUAUGGUAUCAAAGGACAAAGAGGACAAGGAGCUGUGCAAUGUGACCUUGUCACAAAGAUCAGAGACAACUGUCCUUGCUGCUUUGGUAAGCAGGAAUGCCCACUCUACCCCACUGAGCUGGCUUUUGCCCUCGACAUCUCACAAGGCCUUGGCCGUCCAGUCUUCAACAACAUGCGUGACACAGUCCUAAACAUAGUCAGAAAAAUUACAAUCGCUGAAAGUAACUGUCCAAGAGGAGCUCGUGUUGCUUUGACCCUGUAUAACAACGAAGUCACCACUGAGGUCCGGUUUGCUGAUGCCAUGAAGAAACGUGCCCUGGUAGAACGCAUUGAAGGACUUCAGAUCCCACAGACAAGAAAGCCCCGCAGCUUGGAAACAGCCAUGAACUUUGUGGCCCAGAACACAUUCAAGAGGAUACGCAGUGGCUUCCUCAUAAGGAAGGUGGCCAUCUUCUUUGUAGGUGAUCAAGUUGGUCGGUCACAAGCAAUUACUAGUGCAGCCCUCCGCCUUCACAACGCUGGAAUUGCCACUUUGCUGCUGGUCAGACAGGAGGACAGAGCACUCUCCAGAGCGGUGCAGGCCAACAACACAGCACUGGCCCAGGUCAUUGUCCUUCCCAACGCUAAUAGUCAACAGUACAAUUCAGUCAUCCAGAAGGUUAUGAACUGCCAUGUCUGCCUGGAUUUCUGCUCUCCGGACCAAAUCUGUGACUAUGUUCCCCCAACUGCUGGCCGAGAUAGGAGAUCUUUCACCUCAGAUGUCGACAUUGACAUUGCUUUUGUCAUGGACAGCUCUGAGUCUACCUACCCAACUGUCUUUGCCGAGAUUAAACACUAUAUAUCAUACAUGGUAGAGCAUCUUCAUGUGUCUUCAAAUCCCACAUCAUCUGUUAACCACGCCAGAGUGUCUGUGAUUCAGCAAGCACCUUAUGAGUUCCUGAAUAACAAAUCUGGGUCCCCCCUUCAUGUUGACAUUGGCUUUACUGAACACACUUCAGCACAAGAUAUUAUCAAAUUCCUGGUAGAGAAAACACCCCAGCUGGAAGGUGGCCGGGCACUCGCAGAGGCAAUUGAAAGGACGGUGGAUCAAGUGUUUGAGAAGGCACCUGUACAACGUGACAAAAAGGUACUCAUACUGUUUGUGACAGGAAGUGUGGAACAAGACCAGGAGCAGCUGAUACGCAUUGCCACUGAGGUCAAGUGCAGGGGCUACUUCCUCGUCAUCUUUGGUGUAGGUGAAACAUUGAGUGCUAAGGAUGCAAGUGUCUUGUCAAACAUGGCCAGCGAGCCUUCAGAUGUCUUCUUCAAGCAGCUGAAGAGUAGCUCAGACUUUUAUGACAGACAAAUCCAGACCUUUGGCCAGCUACUGCCCAAGUAUAUCAGUAUUGAAAAUGCUUUCUACAUGUCCCCUGAAGUCUCCAAAAACUGCAAGUGGUUUCAGAAUGACCAGCCACUAAAAAACCCCUUCACACCAUCACAGGAAGUGGAGAAACACCAGAAGCAUCAUGAAAAUCACCAAGCAGUUCAUGAAAGAAAGCACAAGGAUGCAGAGGAGCUGCACGUCUCUAAUAUCACCUCCAGUAGCUUGAAAUUGCGUUGGAGCAGGCCAGAUGCCAAGCUCUUUGUUUACUUUGAGGUUGUUGUCGUGAGGCUCCAUGACCAUGCACUGGUGCUGAAGACCAAUGUGUCGGGUACAGAGCUUGCUGUGGACAACUUGGAAAGUGCUCAAACGUAUCACGCUGUAGUCACAGCUUACACGGCAGAGGGUCAAAUUGUCUCUACUCUCAAAGGCGUCAUUACUACAAAAGCAGCUGAGCAUAAGCUUGCCAGCCAAAACACAAGUACUCCAAAUACCACACCCCUGGACAAACCAGAAACUGUUAAUGAAUUGGCAGGCCCAUGCUCGCUUGACUAUGACCCUGGAAUGCCCUGCAAAGACUAUGAGGCUAAGUGGUUCUUUGACAGAAAGAACGGGUUCUGUGCACAGUUCUGGUAUGGAGGUUGUGGAGGGAAUGAAAAUAGGUUCGACAGUGAGGCUCUCUGCUUGAAAAACUGCAUGAGGUCAGUGGCAGAGCCUCAGCCAAUGGUGAAGCAAGUUGAACAGGUGGAGGUCCUCCCAGAUCCUGCUGCUUUUACAGCUGUGGACAUUUGCCAGCUUCCACAAGAAGAAGGUACUUGUGCCAAAUUUGUUCUCAAGUGGCACUACGAUGCUGCCAACAAGAGCUGCAUGCGCUUCUGGUACGGUGGCUGUGGUGGAAACCAGAAUCGCUUCGACACUUACGAGCAGUGUGUGAAGGCUUGUGGAAAACCAGCACCAGUGAACCAAAGAGUCAUUGCUACAAUAAAAACAUAGGACGAAAGUGACAGACAUGGCCAGCUCUUACCUCCAUUUAGGGGAUUCUGAGGAGAACCAUCCAAAAUGGCCAUAAAGUAAUGGUGGCUGCACUGGAUUCCACAAACAUGGACUUUAUCCCCCAACUCUUGAAGUAGUCUUUUUCACAACAAGAAGGAAGCAACACAAUUUGCUGCAUGAUUUGUUUUAACCUACUGGUGCUACAUGAUAUGUUUGUCUUACAGAAGGAGUUAUUAAGUGGAUUUGGUUUUGUAAAAUCAAGUUCUCUUGAACGAUCACAGUUUUCAUAUUUUUUAAAAUGCAGUUUUAUGAUUUAACAAGAAACAUGUAUGAAUAUCUUGGACAGAGAUUAGCAAUGACUCAGUACAUGAAGGAUUUUAAAGCAGUAAUCUUUUUUUAUAUUGUGGUUAAGUCUUCUUUUUACAUUCCAGAUUCACAUAGCAGCAGUUUUUUUUAAACUCACUUCAUCCCUGUGGAUUUUUUCACUAUUUCACUGUCACCAAAUCCACAGCAAUGUUUACACGAGUCUAGUGUGGCAGCGUGUGUGUAUGUAAAGACAGCAACCAACUGCUGGGAUGCCAACAUUAAUGUAAUGUUUAGUGCACUUCUGGAUCCGUUGCCUCAAACACAAGAUUUCCAGCUAUUGAGAAACAGAAUGUACUUUUCAAGCUGUUUUUAUUUUUCAUUUCAUUUUGGAUUUGCAGAAAGUUAUGUUCCAUGUGGGAAAGGGCGAAAUAAAAAUGAAUUAGACUUUCUAAUAAACAUGA